AUGGUGCGAUUCAAGAAUCGCUGGGUUCUAUUCCAAAUUGUGCAGGAUCCCGUCAUUGAAAAUGGACAGGUUAUACACCCAAGAACAGCAUUUGAAGCAACAGAUUCCAUGAUUGCCAAAGCCAUCUUUCAAUCUGUCGAACUCAAUUAUGGACAUUUCGGUAAAGGGCAGGGCAGUGUAGCAGUUAAAUGGUACAAUGCCACCACACGCAUUGGCAUCUUGCGAAUUCCACGAGAUUUCACCGACAUGUAUUUAUCCUCCAUGUUCUUUAUCAAGCAAAUUGCAACCAUGCCGUGCAAUUUCAGUAUUCUGCAUGUAUCUGGCACAGUCAUCUUUAUACAACAAGCAGCGAUUGAUUGGGACCGACGAUUCUAUCUAAAGGAGCAGGAGGAGGCCGAUAAAAAAGGCGAGAUCUACAACUCUAUGGAAAAGAUUGAGAAAUCCAAAAAGACACUUGCAGCAUUACAAUAG